CGAACCCUCUAGCAUGUCUCCAGCGUUCGAGCGGCGGCGUCCCGGGCUCGGUCGCCUCCUGUGUCUUAUCUUCAUAUGUCUGCGUGCUGUCUCCUCAGCCCCGCUCUCCGAUGCCAAUGCCCCAUACAACACCAACCAAGCAGCGGGCCAGACCGAUCCGCUGCUCUACACUGCAAAUCAGCCCAAUACCAACUACACUCCGUCUCCUCAAAACUGGCGCUUCCCCUUCUAUACCUUGAUGCUCGAUCGCUUCGCCGACGGCAACCCUGCCAACAACGACAUCAUUGGUACCAUCUAUGAGACCGACGACAUGGAAGUAACCCUGCGCCAUGGAGGCGAUGUCCAAGGUUUGGCCGACAACCUCGACUAUUUCCAGACCCUCGGCAUCCAGGGUCUGUACAUUGCCGGAACUCCUUUCACCAACAUGCCCUGGGACUAUCACGGAUACAACCCGCUGGAUUCGACCCUUCUCGACGAGCACUUUGGGUCCGUUAGCGACUGGCGCGCCAUGGUUGCUGCUGCCCAUCAGCGAGGCAUCUACGUUGUCAUCGAUGUCACCGUCGCCACCAUGGGCGACUUGAUCCAAUUCGACAAGUACGGCAACGCCACGGUUCCCCUCAACAUCAACGAAUACACGGCCUCUUACAAGACUUCUCGGACCUACGCCGACUUUCAGAUCAGCAACAGCUGGAACUCGAGUUGCGUGCUGCCACGUUUCUGGGGCGACGACGGUCUGCCCCAGGACACAGUCGAUCCGUCGGGCACCGCAGUCGUUUCCCGAUAUCGCCAGGGCUGCUAUGAUUCCGAGUUUGACCACUAUGGCGAUAUGGAGGCUUUCGGUGUCCAUCCAAACUGGGAACGCCAGCUCGGCAAGUUCAACGGCCUGCAGGAUCGUCUCCGUGACUGGAAUCCCCGUGUCCAGUCCAAGCUCACCGCUCUGAUGUGUCUUGCCGUCGAGGCCCUCGACAUCGACGGCAUUCGUCUCGACAAGGCCACUCAAAUGACCGCCGAUUUCCUCGCAAACUUUGCCCCCGGUGUCCGCUCCUGCGCCAGCCGCGUCGGAAAGAACAACUUCCUGAUUGUCGGCGAGGUCACUGGAAGCGCCGACUAUGGCGCCAUCUACCUCGGACGUGGUCGCCAGUCCAACCAACGUGCGCCUUCGCCACAGGUCGCCAUGUCCCCCACUGCCGCCAACGGAACCUACGCGCUGCGCGGACCAGGUCUGCAGGCUCUUGACGGCUACGCUUUCCAUUUUAGCAUUUACCGCGGCCUGCUGAGUUUCCUGGGUCUGGACGGAAAGCUCUCUGUGCCAUACGAUGUCCCGGUUGAGUUCACCCAGGCCUGGAGCGAAAUGCUCGUCCGCGAUGACAACUUCAACGCCAAUACCGGCGCCUUUGACCCUCGCCACAUGUUUGGCGUCACAAACCAGGACACCUUCCGCUGGCCGUCUCUGCAUCUCGGCAAGGAGCGCGCUCGACUCGGCAUGGUUAUCACCACCUUGGUCAUGCCCGGCAUUCCUCUGCUUUUGUUUGGCGAAGAGCAAGAGUUCUACAUCCAGGACUCCUCGGCCGAGAACUACGUCUUUGGCCGUCAGGCCCACACCUCCACCCUGGCCUGGCAAACUCAUGGAUGCUUCCAGGGCAACGCCUCGGGGCAGUACUACCAGAUGCCUUUCGAGAGCGGCCGCACUGGAUGCUUGGAUGACAGUGUGCAUCUCGAUCACUUUGAUCCAAGCAACCCAACGUUCAACUUCCUCCAGAUCUUGUAUGCCUCGCGCAAGUCGUAUCCUGUCCUGAACGAAGGCUUCGGGUUGAAUCUGCUGGGCAACUGGACCGAGAUCGUCUAUCUCCCCGGUAGCUUGGCCAUGCUCGGCGUCAGCAUUCCCUCCGAGUUUGGCCUCUGGAGUGUCUCGCGAACGUAUUUCCCUGGCCAGAAUAUUCCCAAGCCCCCAAGUGACCAACCUCCCGCCCAGCUCGGCACCGUCUGGCUGCUCUACCACAACUACAACACCACCAAGACCUGGUCCUUCGACUGUGGCUCCGCUCUGGAGAUCCGCUCGCCCUUCCUGGGCUCCAACGUUCUGCAGAACAUCCUCCCGCCCUAUGAUACCAUCAGUUUGCAGCCGUCGUCGGUCAACCAGCAGGGCUGCCUGCCGGCCAUCACCCUGGCGCCCUUUGGCUUUGCAGCAUACGUACCCAACACUGCAUACGCCCCCACUCCCGUGGUGAUCACGUCCGUGUCGCCUUCUCAUGACCAGCGCAUUCUCCGCUCUCCUCAAGCCGCCAAUUUGAACAUCCCGCUCCAGAUCACCUUCAGCGACGACAUUAACUGCGACGCCGUUGCCUCCGCCAUCACAUUCGAGUCCAGCCCUGGCCCAGCGCCCACCCUCACCAACGGCUCGUGCACGACCCUGUCCCCCAAUGUCACUCUUCCUCCGGGCGUCCCCUCCGGUCGCGUCAUGUGGUCCGCUGUCAUGAACGGCGUCGGCGAUGGCAUCCACCGUUUCCACAUCAAGUCCGGCAUUUUCCAACAGAACAACAAGGACAUUGUGGCCUCGACGAGGUUUCAGUUCCGAGUUGGACUGGAUAACAACCCCGUCGUCUUUCCGAAUGUGACUUUGAGCGACACGCUCUUGGUCGCCGACAACAGCUCGCAAGUUGGAUUCACGCUGCACCAUGCCGCCGUAGGCGCUGACCAGAUGCGCAUCUCAACCGAUUUUGGCCACACCUGGUCCGGAUGGGUCCCGUACACCGCGACAUCCGCCCCUCCCGUCAACGUCUCGCAGUUUGGCCACGUUAUUGUCCAAUACUGGUGCCAUCUGUGUGGCUCGUCGGCCAUGAAGGUGGCUUCGGGCGUUGGCACCUAUGCCGGUCGCCGGUUCCAGAGCAUGCAUGUCCAAGGCGAGUUCAACCUGUGGGGCAUGGACCAAGGCAUUGACAACUCCAUGACCUAUGUCGGCAACAACAUCUGGGAGUUCUCGCUCGUUUGGUGGUUCCCCACGCAAGUGCAGUUUGACGUCUAUAACGACAACACCCUGCUUUAUGUCGAUAUCGACGGCGACGGCAUCAUCGACCGGCAGCCACCUGUCUCUCAGUCCACACUCAAGAUCAACCUGACCUAUCCCCCGCAAGGCUACCUUGGAUGGCGCAUCCGCCUGAACGAGGCCACGCACGCCUACACCCUCGAACCGCGUGGCUCCACUACGUUCAGUAUCAUCUUCUUUAUGCUCUUGCUUCUGGGCCCGCUUCUCGGUGGCCUGAUUGCCAUCUGGCUCUUCAAGUCCAAGUUCUAUGUCGUCAAGCAUGUCGAUGCCCGCGCCCUCGAGGGCUUUGUCCAGCUCAACGAUCUCAAGUGGGAGCCCAUGGCCAGCCCGCCGGACUUUAAUGCCAUCGUCGAGACUCCGACGAUCGAGCGACCCAUGUCCAUAUGGAAGGUCGCCCCUCAGACAGAAGAGAGCAACAAGGGCGAUCCAAAAACCAUCUUGAUCGGCACACUCGAGUACGAGAUUCCGGACUGGAAGAUCAAGGUUCGCAUCGGCGGCCUCUUUGCCGUUUGCUCGCUCAUGGGCCGCUUCAUGCACGACAGAAAAAUCAUCUGGGUUGUCCCCAAGGUUUCCGAUGUUGAAUACCCCGAGGCCGAGACCAUCGAGCCCAUCUAUGUGACUGUCUACGGCAAGACCUAUGCCAUCGAAACCCAGGUGCACAUCUUCCAGAACAUCAAGUACAUCAUCCUGGAUGCCCCGAUCUUCCGCUCUCGAAGCACCAAGGAGCCCUAUCCCACCCGUAUGGACGACCUUGAGUCUGCUGUCUUUUACUCAUCGUGGAACCAGGCCCUGGCUGCCAUCAUUGCGCGCGAAAACCCAGACAUCUAUCACAUCCAGGACUAUCAUGGCGCCCUUGCUCCUCUGUAUCUACUUCCGGCCAAGGUCCCUGUGGUGUUGACGCUCCACAAUGCCGAGUUCCAGGGUCUUUGGCCCAUCCGUACCGCCGAGGAACGCAAGAAUGUCUGCAUGGCCUUCAACAUCUCCGAGGAGCUCUGCACCAAAUACGUCCAGUUCAGCCAUACCUUCAACUUGCUUCACGCCGGCGCCUCGUACAUCCGCCUCCACCAGCGCGGCCGUGGUGCUGCCGGUGUCUCGGAUCGCUACGGCAAGCGCGUCUUCAAGCGAUACCCGGCCCUGUGGGGCCUCAAGAAAGUCGAGGGUCUGCCCAACCCGAACCCGAAGGAUUUUGGCAACGAAGCCAUCUUUGAGAUGCCGGCCACCCCAGAGGAUGCUCGCAGCGAGGACACUCGCAACGAGGAGCAGCGCAUCCAGUACAAGCUGGAGGCCCAGCGAUGGGCUGGCCUGACCGAGGAUAAGGACGCCAUCCUGUUUGUCUUUGUCGGCCGCUGGUCCAAGCAAAAGGGCAUGGAUUUGAUUGCCGAUCUGGCUCCAAAGUUCUUGAGCGAGAACCCCAAGACUCAGCUGAUCUGCAUUGGCCCAUUAGUCGAUUUGUACGGCAAGCUUGCUGCCCUCAAAUUUGCUCACUUGAUGAAGCAGUACCCCAACCGAGUCUAUUCCCGCCCAGAGUUCGUGGCUCUGCCCAACUGCAUCUUCCGCGGUCCCGAUUUCGUCUUUAUUCCCUCGCGUGACGAGCCGUUCGGUCUCGUUGCCGUCGAGUUUGGUCGAUUCGGUGUCCUUGGUAUUGGUGCUUUUGUCGGUGGACUGGGAACCAUGCCCGGUUGGUGGUUCACGAUCGAGUCGACCGAGAAUGCCCAUUUGCUCAAGCAGCUCGAGUCCGCUCUUGCUCAAGCCAUGAAGGCUUCGCCCGAGACCCUGCGCAGCAUGCGGAGUGUCGCCCGACGUCAGCGCUUCCCUGUCGAGGAGUGGAUCGCCAAGGUCUUCCGCAUGUACCGCCAUGCGAUUGUCGAUCGCCAGGUUGCCGAUAACAAGAGCCGCAAGUCGCUGUACUCCAGUGGAGACGAUACCGCCGCCAGUCGCAUGUCCCUCGACACCAGCCGCUUCCGAGGCCGCAACCAAUCUUCGCAGUCGAUCGCCUCGGAGAGGAGCUCGAGCGAUACCGAGGGCGGCUUUACUUCGGACAACGAAGGCUCAACCCCUCCUCAAUCAUCCAGCAGCAGCUUCAAAAAGACCCCGAUGCAGAUGCCUUACACUCCCUACGGCACCCCGCCCGUCUCGUCCCGUGGCAGCCCCUCGGUCUCCACACGCGGGGCGGAUUCCGAAGACGAAAGCGAGGUUUAUCGUCCACCCAACUACGACCUUGAUGCUCUCAAGAUCGCCCUGCAGGUCAGCUACAAGGAGAAGGUCUUUGACCAGUUCAUGGACGAGGAUGGCGCCAUGCAGGCCAAGUUCUCGGAGCAGCUGGAGGGCAUGACCAUCCAGUCGUCGAUGAAGGCGCUAUCGAUCGACUACUACAUCAACAAGUUCGAGAAGCAAUACUACCGUGACCUGCAGGCCAAUCGGCUCAACACCAUGAUGGGCACCCUGUCGCGCACCCUCAACUCCAAGGUCGUCACUCGCUUCAUGUCCAAGGAAAUCCGCAAGGGUUGGCCCGUCUACACCAUCAUGCUCAUGUUCGGGCAGCUCGUCGCCGCCUCGGCCUUCCAGCUCGUUCUGCUGACCAACUCGCUGGUCAGCCCGCAAGUCGACAUGUACAUCACCGCGGGCACGUUCCUGAUCGGCACGGUGGUCUGGUGGGUCGUCUACCGCCGGUUCCCGCCCAAGAUCGUGCUGACGAUUCCGUUCUACGUCUACUCAAUCUCGAUGCUCCUGCUCAUUGCCUACACGGUGAUGAUGCUGCUGAUGCCUGUGCCGACGGACACUCUGGCCACGUAUGCCGUCCAGCGCGUUGCCGUCUGCUUCUAUACCUUUGCGUCGGCCUCGGGCCCGUUCUACUUCACGAUGAACUUUGCCACCGACGCCGGCUCCAACACCAGCUCCUGGAUCACCCGCGCCUCGGUCAUUGAAGGCAUUCGACAGCUGUGGGUCGGUGCGCUGUGGUACUGGGCCACGGCCUCGGCCAACGUUGCGAUCCAGUCUGGCAGCAGCCUCAGCACGGGCACGCUGUGGGCCCUCUUUGCGUUCUCGCUGGUCUUUGGCUGGAUCUUCCUUUUGAUCGGGCUGCUGCUGCCGCAUGGACUGCCAGAGUUCUACCUGCACAUGCCGUCGUCCCUGCCUGGCCUACUGAAGACCCUGUUCCGCCGCAAGCUCGUGCUUUGGUUCCUUUUCUCGGACAUUUUGCGCAACUACUGGCUCUCGGCCGUCUACGGACGAAGCUGGGAGUUCCUGUGGCAGCAACCCAACGCCAACCCGAUUCUGAUUGGCGUCCAAGUCGUUGUCUUCUUUGGUGUCAUCUGGGGCUGCUUGAUGUGGCUCCUGGCGCGCGGAUCCAAGGUCCACUCGUGGCUGCUCCCCAUCUUUGCCGUCGGACUCAUUGCCCCGCGAUGGGCCCAGAUCUGGUGGGCCACCGCCAACUACGGCAUGCUUUCGUGGGCCGGCCCUGCCGCACCCUACGUUGGCACCGGACUGUGGCUGUGGCUUGGUAUUCUGGACGCCAUCCAGUCUGUUGGCCUGGGCAUCAUUCUCCUUCAGACCCUGACCCGUGUCCACGUCACGGUUGCGCUGGUCAUUGCCCAGGUGUCCGGUGCCGUGACGAUCGUCGUGGCAUCCCUAACGGCCCCGAACCGCAUGGGACCUGGCGAUGUCUUCCCCAACCCCAGCGCAUGGACGCCCGGCGACGCCGACUCUGCCUUCCCCGUCGCCAAGCCCCUCUUCUGGGUCGGACUCGGACUGCAGUUUGUGGUGGCCCUGGGCUAUCUCUUCUUCUUCCGCAAGGAGCAGCUCUCGCGGCCGUAAAGGUCGAUUGAUUGCUGCUUGCUCGCUGCUUGUUUGCUCGCCGCUCAGUGGUAGCCGGCUGCUCUUCUUGGUCUAGAAGU